GACUCAAAUUCAAUCCCCACCAAAAAAUAUGUCGAGAGCGAGCUUUGAUGCAGAAAGAAACAUUGAUCAAGCUUUACAACAACAUAACAGGAAACAUGUUUGACCUCCCGGACGCGAAACGUGUGCGCCGUUCAGAUCUAUACACUCGAUCCUCAUCAUCAUCUCCCGAACCACCUUCACCAAUUGACCCUGAUGUCUCCGCUCGAUUUCACGAUCAGCUUGCUUCACUCUAUGGGCCUAUUUCACUUCAAUCAUGCGCGAUUGAGAAUACGUUAACUUUUGAACCCAUGAACGAUGCUCCACACUCACCACCACUCGAAGACGACCAGGACCAGGCAGAGGAAUUUGACUUUCGACUUUUCUCAAAUGUCACAGAAGGCAAGAUAGUCCUCAAAGAGGAGGCAGUUGACAAAGGAAUUUUUGUUGUCCAGGAAAGAGACAAAAGCUACUACUUUACUGGUCCAAUUGAGGGGCAACGGAAGGAGGAAUACGCCAUUGCGGCAAUUAGUGGAGAAGAUGUUUUGGAAGGCAGAGGAAAAAGAUAUUGGGGCUUGGAAGUUCCGUGGCGGGUCCGGGUUGUGAAGAUUGGUGUUGGUGGGCAGAAAAAACUGGGAAGCAAUGGCCUCGCGGUCAGAAAUGGUUCUAAUGGGGAGAAGAAGAGAAAACUAGGCAAGAAGAUGAGGAUUCUCACGAGAGAAAGGAGAAGGACAAUUGAGGCUCAAGAACAGGCAAUGACGAGGGAGAAGGAGAGCAAAGAGGAGGCAGACAAAGAGAGGAGAGCUAGAAAGAACAGAGAGAAGAAAGUCAAGAGGAAGGCAAAGGAGAAAGCGUUGAAAGCUGCCACCGGAGGGAUUGACCAGACCGAGCCCGGAGUAGACGGAGCAGAUGGAUGAAGAAGAAAGGACCGAUUCUUUGUCGGUCGCAGCCGGAUCGACAUGUACAAUUGUGGAAGAACAAAAUCCUUCAAUCUGCGAUUCGUAACCCCACUCGAGCUUCCGAUCGUUAUCCCAUGCGCAUCUACGAAGGACGAUAACCCCUCCAAAGAACCCCUUGCGUAAAUGCAACCAUAAUUUAAUAUCUCCCCCACUAUACAAAUUCUUUGUCGCAUCUCACCCACAAGACAAACGGGAAGGACACACACUAUCCAACCCAACUAAACAACUAUUCCUCGUGGUUUCUAGGAUUUAGCAUUGAAGUUAUGCAUUUGACAUAUCACGGCGGUGAUACUUGUACAACAUGUUCGACCCGUCCCGUACCCAGAAGGAGUCUUAGAAGCCUCAUUCACAGCCUCGAUCCUUUAGUCACAUCUACGAGAACGCGAAAUAUACCUUCAGGACAUUCACACGAAAACACACACUUUUUUCCUUUCAUUUUCAAGGAUUCCGAAGGAUCAAAUAAUGUGAAAUGAAGGAUUCCUUCAAUCACACCAUUGUUCUUCUAAUUCAAAGACAGUCAAACAUAUCAAGUCCUUCACUUGUACCUAUUUGCCGGUCCCUGCAGCUACGCCGUAGUUUUGCGUCUCUGUGCAUUUUUGGGAAUAACUUGGCCGCCGGCUUGCUAGUAUGACAAAUAGAUUAUUCUAUGAGAUGGCAUAUUCCAUGCCACAAUUGAUGUUCGGAUUUAACACCUUCCAUAAACAAUCAAGUAUACAUCUAUCUACCCGGCAUGCAAUGUAGCCUUGGCGUCAAAUAAGACCCUGCGAGCGUUAGCACAUAAAGACUAGGGACAUGGCUUUCUAGCUUAUCCGCUCCACCCCCGCUGUUACGUUGCCCCGCCGUGCCACAUCGGUACAGGAACAAUCUACAUAGCCAUGGUUAUGACUAUGGUUAAUCUUCGUCUAUUAUUUACUUACAAUAGUGGAUAUGUGAGAACUUUGUAAGUGACGAAGAGAAAGUCAACGGAAAUCAAAAAUCCUUGGCUAUCCACAUGAGGCACAGUUGUGGCGCCAUUCCGCGAUACGGGAUCGGAGGAUAUUUCCGCUUUGGGUAAUUGCUCAUAUAUCCAGAUGAUCUCUUGUUGAUCGAGCGGAAAAACACCUCUGGCCAAGAUAGAUGGCACUAACUCUAUUUUCUUUGCCGGGCGUAUCCUCGUAUCUACGCAUUAAGGAUUUGUAAUACCGGACUUGUACUCAAGUAUCUUAUUUUGUUUCUGAAUAGUGGCUGGGAACAAAUUGAUGGUCAGCGAGACGAAAGUCAUGGUAACAUAGUGUGCCAUGUCAGAUGUUUAAAUUCAAAUUAAUUUACGCUAGUGCGUAUUUGGUUACACCAUAUUAAAUGCUCAUAUUACAUUCAUAAGAUAAAUUUUUCGACCUAGAUACUUGCUUACUUAGGCAGUGAGUAAGUAAUGUUCCAUAUUUAAUCUUCUUGGCUAAGAGGAAUCUAUCCAUAUACUAUCUCUUUAGUGAUGACCAUAUUUUUAUGAACAAGUAUAGCAAUUGAUUCCAACCGAAUGUUAAUAGGUAAGGGUUCACCAAUCAAGGAUUUAGUGAUUGUUUUCUGCAAAGAACCCCAAGAGUUAUCACAUACAUAAAUGUCUUUAGCGGGUAGACGGACGAGACCGACGCUUGUUUAGUGUUGAUGCACGUAUGCACGGCACCUUUCAGGUUUGAAGAUUGGAGGUUGAAGAUGCUUGAGGUGAUUGUUUCGGGUCAUCUCUCCAUAUGUGGAUUUUACUGGGUGGGUUUUACGGGACGAGUAUGGUUAGUGUGGGGGGGUGGGAUGAGGGGGUAGAUUGGGUUUGAGGGUCUGAAUUCAGCCUUUUUGCCUCUUGGCUUUGGCCUUGGAGUUAAACGGAAUACUAUUGUCC